AUGACUAAUGUUAGUACCAAGAAGAAGACUCCUGCUUCAAGAGUAUUUCCUAGUUGGGAUUAUAAAACUGUUUUAAGCUUCAGCAAUGAAAGAAAAAAAGCAUUCGAUCAAAAAACAAAAGAUUUUGGUGAUUGGUUUUAUAAAAUUAUUUUAACUUUAUUGAAUGAAGUGUUGCAAAUAAAAAUGGUAUCAGAAUUUGAAUAA